AGAGUUGCUUGCUUGUGUCGUGUUGCUUUCGAUAUUUGCUUGUUAGCUUCACCUUUUUUCUUGACUUGUGGUGAAUAUAACAUCAAAAUGAAUAUAGCAGAACGUGACACUUGAAAAUAAUCAAAUAUAUAUCCUCCACUUUUUUCUCCAUUUCUUUUCCUUUUCAUAUCCUAACAAACCACACUAAAUUCACUCGUGUCUUUUUCAACAUUUUCGUUUCUUCCCACCACGGCAACUCAUCGGAGUACAGACCGGGAACCUUGAAUUCCGGCGGAGAUGGUGUCACUAAAUGAUAAUGCUAACUGGGUUUUUGAUUGUGGGUUGAUUGAAGACGUUCCUGUCCCUGUUGGUGAACAACUUUGUCUUGAAUCUCUUGAUGAAACCCCAAACGGGUCUCUUUGGUCUUCUCAUUCUUUCAAUGAUACUGCCUUUUUAAGUGCGGAAUUCAAUAAUUCAUUUGAGAAUUCAGAUGGUCUCAAGGAAAUUGGGUUUCGAAAACGGGUGAGGCAUGGAUCAGGUAAUGCACCUGGCUCCAAAGCAUGCAGAGAGAAAAUGCGGCGGGAUAGGCUGAAUGACAGAUUCAUGGAAUUGGGUGCUCUUCUAGAUCCUGGAAGGCCUCCUAAAGUGGACAAAUCUGCUAUACUAGUUGAUGCUGCUCGAAUGGUGACUCAGUUGCGAGAUGAAUCUCAGAAGCUGAAAGAGUCUAUUGAGACUCUACAGGAGAAGAUCGAUGAACUAAAGGCAGAGAAGAACGAGCUUCGUGAUGAGAAACAGAAGCUAAAGAUGGAAAAGGAGAACCUAGAGUGGCAACUGAAAGCUCCGAGUCCUCCACCAACCUACCUACCUCACCCCCCUGCCACUCCAUCUCCAUUUUCUGCCCCAGGCCACGUUGUUGGCAGCAAGCUGAUGCCCUUCGUUGGCUAUCCUGGACUAUCUAUGUGGCAGUUCAUGCCCCCCGCUGUUGUUGAUACUUCUCAGGAUCAUGUUCUACGCCCUCCAGUCGCUUAAGUUAUUCAGGCAGGGAUUUGGUGUCUACAUUCUCACAGAGCACUGGAAGCCUUUGUUGCCUUGCUAACUAUGAUUCUUGUUAAUUGUCACAGAUAAUGUUUCUGUUCUUUCAAUUGUCUUUUGUUCUUGUCGAUUUGUAAGUUUAAGAAUGUAUGAGUGCAAUCACUGAUGGUAUAUCUUGUAAUUUUCAUAAAUCAGACUUGGUGAUUUUGGUUUA